AUCAACUUCACCUAUCACCUAAUAAUCCCGGUCUCCACUGCCCCUCCGUGAAAAGAUAUUAUAACUCCCCUCCCUCUCCUCUUCUUCCUCCACUUCCCAGAAAUACCUUCAAGCUGUUUUCCUCCGCCUUUCGUCGUUUUCCCUCCCUUCGAUCCAUUGGAUUGACUGCCACUGCGGCCACUACCGUUCACCAACAAUCUCCUCCUUCGGCCUCGGUCUUCUCUAAGUCGUUUCCGACGCCGUUGCGCGUCAAUUCAAACACCGCCAGAAUGGUGCACUCUCAAGUAGUCGUUAUCGGCUCCGGCCCUGGUGCCCACACUGCCGCUAUCUAUCUCUCACGCGCAGAACUCCAGCCAGUCCUCUACGAGGGCAUGCUCGCCAACGGCACCGCCGCCGGUGGUCAACUUACUACGACCACCGAUGUUGAGAACUUCCCUGGAUUCCCCAACGGCAUCGGCGGCGCCGAGCUGAUGGACAACAUGCGCGCACAGUCCGAGCGCUUCGGCACCGAGAUCAUCACCGAGACCAUCUCAAAGCUUGACCUCUCCUCCCGGCCCUUCAAGAUGUGGACCGAGUGGAACGACGACGAGGGCAGCGAGCCAGUCCGCACCGCCGACGCUGUCAUCAUCGCCACAGGCGCCAACGCCCGCCGUCUCAACCUCCCCGGCGAGGAGACCUUCUGGCAAAACGGAAUCAGUGCCUGUGCCGUCUGUGACGGUGCCGUGCCCAUUUUCCGUAACAAGCCCCUCUACGUCAUUGGCGGUGGUGACUCCGCCGCCGAGGAGGCCAUGUUCCUCGCCAAGUACGGUAGCAACGUCACUGUUCUCGUUCGCAGGGACAAGCUCCGUGCCUCUAAGGUCAUGGCUGACCGUCUCCUUGCCCACCCCAAGUGCAAGGUCCGCUUCAACACUGUCGCCACUGAGGUUAUCGGUGAGAACAAGCCUAACGGUCUCAUGACACACCUCCGUGUCAAGGAUGUUGUCUCUAACGCCGAAGAGGUCGUUGAUGCCAACGGUCUCUUCUACGCUGUUGGUCACGACCCCGCCAACGCUCUCGUCAAGGGACAGGUUGAGCUCGAUGACGAGGGUUACAUCGUCACCAAGCCCGGUACCAGCUUCACUAACAUCGAGGGUGUCUUCGCCUGCGGUGAUGUUCAGGAUAAGCGUUACCGCCAGGCUAUCACCAGUGCCGGAUCUGGCUGUGUCGCCGCCCUCGAGGCCGAAAAGUUCCUCUCCGAGACAGAGACUCACCAGGAGGCCAAGCCUGUUCUCUAAAUACAUAUACACCUAUUCUCCCACUUUUCUCUUCCGUUUCUCGUUGCUAU